CGCGGAAGGGCAACAGUGCAUUGUACAGGCGCGGCCACCGCGAUGAGAAUCCCACUCGUGUUGUGCGCGAUUGUACUCGUGUGCCACCGCGCCGAUUGUACUCUCAGUGAUUUUUUUAACAAUUUACCCACCGAGAUAGGUAAUGCAUUAACACAUGCAUGGAGUAAGAUUGUAAUGGCGAUUAAGAAGCCAGUGCGGAUUAAACGACUUGGAAAAGCAAAAACAACGAAGACGCCUUUGACCACCACUACGCAUUUCACACCGAUCGAGUUGGUUCAUAGACGAGUGCCCACUUCUACUGAGAAAUAUGACCUCCUGCAACCAUCGCUAAGGAGGCUGAUGCUGCCAGUGUUGACUAUACCGAAAUGGGAGAACUUGGAGCAGUGGAAGAAGUUACAGAAGCCCUCGUUCGUGGAGUUGAAGCCAGGGUGGGUGAACAAAUCUCACCGCAGGUACAUCAACAACUCCCGAGGAAGUGGAGGACAACGAUAUAGGGGGCGACCAGAACCCCUCCAGGCUUAAUGACGAAGACGCCUUCGGUGUAUUGAUAUUUGUCAAAAAAUAAUGCAUUUUUUAUAAAUCUGAAUAUGAAUACAUUUAUUUAGAUAUGG